AUGGUUGCUGCAGCAGUGCGGCCUACCUGCCGUGCAGCUGUACCAGGUUCAGAACGCUGUGGCUGCGGGGCUGGAGGCAGAGGGGAGCGCGGUGCCAGGGAGUUCGCCAUCAAGGGGUCGAACAGGACCACCGGGAGGAGUGACGGCCAGAAAGGAGGGUUGCUGCGCGUCCGUUCCUCACCGGACCUUGGGCGACCAGAGUCGGGGCUGUCAAAGAAGAGGGAUCGGAACCUGAAUCGGAGGGUCCACAUUCCUCACCCUGUGCCCUAUCCCCGUGCAUGGGCCUCUCGGCCCCAUGAGGACUUGGCCCGCGCGGGUUUGGCCCCGCAGAAAAUGCAGGGAUCAGCGCAGGGCAAGGUGCCCAAGUCAGAUGGGCUGUUGCAGGCUCUUGGAAGGAGCUCAGGGAGGGGGGCGUUGCCGCCCCUCCCGGCCGAUGGCUUGUCCCACACGAGGGUGGGCGGCGUGGCAAAGGUGCAGCAUGGUGCCCAGCGCAGCAAGAUCACCCUGGAUCCAAAGGUGCGUGCCAGGCUGGAGAAGAUGGAGAGGGAGGGAAAGUUCGCGGAGUUUGCAAACGAGCAGAUGCCCACGGUGAAUGGGGGGGGCCGGGCGGGGGGCCAUACACACACGUCCCUGGACCAGGCCGAGUUGGAGUCAGAAGAGGUGGCGCAAUCGGGGGAGGACGACCAGGCAGCGUGCGAGCCUCCCCACAGUGCUGACAGCGCCGACGGUCGGUCACCCCAGGCGGAUGUGCACCCUGAAAGGGGGAAGGAGGGGACCAGUGAUGGCAAUGCAGCUGCCCCGGCGCCCGCACCGGACUUUGCCUCCCAAAGGGAGAGGCUGAGAAUGCAGACGAUGCAGGGGGGGCUGCCUCCCGAGGCCAUGCAGUUGGGGCUGCCAGAGAUGCAACCGGGUGUUUCUGGCCGGGCCAUGCAGGCCAGUGGGCCACAGACACCUCACUUGUCCCACGCAAGCGUGGCCAUGGCCCCAGGGGACCUCGUGUACCCCACAAUGCCCCACGUGUACCCUGUGUACAUGACACAGCUAGGUCAGGUGCAGCUUGCCGGCAACCAUGUCUUCGGCAUGAUGCCACAUCCCGGCAGUGUGCAGCAGCCUGUGGGGGGACCCAGCGUGGUGGCCGCCACAUCUGCAGUGAAGCCCCUGCCCGUUAUGCACGUGGACCAGCACGCAGGGCUGGCUGAGUCUUUCUACCCUCAAGCGAACGUCUUCCCGGCGGUGUACUAUGAUCAAGGACAGCCUGGGCUGAGCAACGGCCCCCUGCCCAGCCAGCUGGGCUUCGGAACGGAAAAUGUGCACCUGGGCAUGCCAGGCCAGGGGCAGGCAUCGGCGCAGCUGGGCCCCUUGGCAGUUGGUCCCAUGGCGUCCGUUCAGCAGUCACCGGCCUCAUGGGCGUAUGUUUACCCUAGCACGACGCAGGUGGCCUCGCAGCGGUCGUCCACAGAUCGCUUCUCCGACUCCUCCAGCAGCGGCGACGACGUCCUGUCGGGGGACAUCGAGACGCUGACCCAACACCUGGAGAUGGCCAGAAACCUGGUAGGCAGGAAGCAGGCAGAGAGGGAGCGCCCCCCCGUGGCCAACAAGACGACGGCGACCAGCUAUCCCAGGCCGGCCAGGGCGGAGGGUCCGCCUGCGGGGACUCAGGGCCACAAUCGCAAGAGGCAAAAUCAGCACGUGGAGGAGGGCCCGAGAACAGCGUACCCGCCGCGGACACCCCCGCACCGCAGCGACCAGCAUGGCGGGCGCGAUCGCCCGAGGGAUCAAACGGGAGCCCCGGCAGCGCAGCGAUCGUUCCAGCAGAGCUUCCAGGGGGGGAACUUUGGCCACAUGAUGGCGUACCAACAGCCGUUUGCGCCGCCCCCUCCCCCUCCUCAGGCUGGGGUUUCCGAGCCACCGGCUGGGGUGCCCGUGCAGGGUGCUGAGGAUGUGCUGUUUCAGGUGCCUGCAAACGUGGCAGGCCACCCCGCUGGAGGGUACAUUGUGAGGUCACCGGCUGGAACUGCAAUGGUGGGAAAUGGGCCUGUUGUGAGCCCUCCGUACACUGCACUCCCCACGGGUCCCAGCCUAGCGGGCGUGGCCUCUGUGGAAGAUGCUGGUGGGACAGGCUCGCGCGAAGGGCACAGCACAAGGGCUGCCAACUGGCACUUUGAGGACAUCGCUUCCCACACAAAGCCCGUGGCGUUGUCGACCGACGAUGGGAAAUUCGUAGAAAUUGACCCCUCGGUGAUUCGGGCGGUGGAGGCUGCCCUGGCUGGAAUGAUGUCACUUGGAGAAGUGGCCCAGGGGCAAAACAUGGGUGGGGAAAGCAGAGGGCCCAGGGAGGAGAACAAAGACCCACCCACAGACUGCUCCCCACGCGAUCGGCACGGGGAGCCAUCCACGGCUGCUGGUCGACGCAUGGACGCUGGCGCCAAGAGGGGUAGGCGCCCAGAGGCAGGCAUGGAGGGCGGGCUUCAGAGGCCCCACACGGCCGAGGCCACGGCGGCCCUAAUGCAGCAGAACCCUGCGAUGUUCAGCGCCGUGAACCCUGCCGUGAACAGCGCCCUGGCCUUCCUGGCUGGCGCGGGCGCCAGGGCUUCGCACGGUGCCAUGGCUCCUGAAGCUGGCCAGCGAAUGGGGGCUCCCCUGCACCCUGACUCGUUCCUGGUCAGUCGGGGCAUGGCCUCCUACGGCACGGGCAGUUUCAUCCCCGCCCUGCCGCAGGAUGACAACCGCGCGGCGACCAGUGGAGGCGAGGCGCAUGUGGCGGCCGGCCGGGGCGCAGAAUCGGACCCCCGUGCUGCCCCUGACGCCCUGGGAGAGCUCGAGGGCUCCAACGACGGAUCCUGGACGACGUCCAGCUCUGUGUCCCUAAACACGGGGUCGGACAGGGGCGACAUGGAUCACAAGCCUCACCACAGGAAGAAUGGGCGGGGCGGGGGACCCCGGCCGUGGCAGGACCACGCGGAGUAUGGCAGGCGGGGGCCCAGGGCGCACCAUCCUGCCCAGCAGCCCUACGGCUGGCACGACGGCCAGUGGCAGCAGGGCAUGGAGCGGGGCGGUGGCAUGAGGGAGGUGGGGGAGUUCUAUGAGUACGGCCACCCUACGGGGGGGUUCUUCUACUCGGACGCGAGAGCCCAGGGCUAUUGCGCCUUUGGCCCGGGCUACCCGUGCCCUGAGCGUGAGUACGACAGCAUGUGGUAUGAGUACAAUGGCCGGCCGAAGGGGUACCGCCCUGGCGGCGGGGGGCAUGUGUAUGGCUGGAGGGGGGGCGCUCGUCGAGGGGAGCGGGAGGAUUUGGACAGAGAUGGCCGGUGGGCCAUGCAUGGGUGGCCCAACCGUGGUGACCGCCACCAGAUGGACGGGUGCUCGACCCCAGACAACAGCAACGGCCACGGCGCCGGAAGGGCCAGGGGAGGGAGCUUCCAGAGGAGGGGGAACGAGCGCUGGGGGGGAAUCAGGGAGCCGGCAGAUGGCCCCAACUUCAGGCAGUCCAGGUAUGCCAAGCAGGGCACCGGGUACUACGAGGGAACGCACACGUACUGGCCGAGGCGGGUGGGCCGGGGUGGCCGGCGGUCCGACGGCGCUGACGAUGGCAUGGGCCGGCGGUACCCCCGGGGGGCGCCCGAGCAGGGCCAGGAGGAGCCGCAGCAGGCGGUCCUUGGGGCCCCUGGACGGCCGCUGCCUGUGGACCAGCCUGCAGAGAGGCACAUGCCCGGCACCCCACAGAGGGGUAGCGACCCUUCGGGCAGGAAAACGCCCCUGGGCGGCUUCGUCAUGAACGGCAACGGGAGUCCUGGUGCUGAUCAGGAGAGGGCCAGGAGCUUUACCCUGAAUUCGGAGGACUUUCCUGCCCUGGAGACAGCCACCCCCCAGGCGGGCACAUCCCCUCCACAGCUGAAGAGCCCGAGACAGGCGGCGAUGCCGGGCGGCGGCAUCAACCCCUCCAUCAGGUGA